CACCCAGCAGCAGCUGAGCAGCAGGCAUCAUCUGAGAGUGAGACUGAGAGAUCGAUCGAUCGAGCAGCUAGCUAGCUAGCUUAGCUAUAGGAAGCAGCAGGCACUCUACACAUGAUGGCGGGGAUGGACAAGUGGACCGGGUUGGGGUCGGCGCUGGCGAGCUUCCUCUUCCUCUGGUCCAUGGUGCAGAGCCACCUCCCCGUCGCCUUCCGCCACCGCCUCUCCACCUGGGCCACCAAGCUCGCCUCCCUCUUCAGCCCCUACCUCCACGUCACCAUCUCCGAGUACGGCGCCGAGCGCUUCAGCCGCAGCGACCUGUUCCUCGCCGUCGAGGCCUACCUCUCCGACGCCUGCACCCGCCGCGCGCGCCGCCUCAAGGCCGAGCUCGGCAAGGACAGCAAGAACCUCCAGGUCUCCGUCGACGACAACGACGAGGUCACCGACACCUUCAGGGGCGCCACCAUCUGGUGGUACGCCGCCAGGAAGCUCCAGAGGUCGCAGGUCAUCAGCUUCUACCCCGGCCAGGACGAGCGCCGCUUCUACCAGGUCGUCUUCCACCGGCGCCACCGCGACCUCGUCGUCGGCUCCUACCUGCCCCACGUCCUCGAGGAGGGCCGCGCCGUCACCGUCCGGAACCGGCAGCGCCGCCUCUUCACCAACAACCCCAGCAGCGGCUGGAACCCCUACCGCAGCGGCAAGGGCGUCUGGAGCCACGUCCCGUUCGAGCACCCGGCCACCUUCGCCACGCUCGCCAUGGACCCCGCCGACAAGGAGGCCAUCGUCGACGACCUCGAGGCGUUCCGGGACGCCAAGGACUACUACGCCAAGGUCGGCAAGGCGUGGAAGCGCGGGUACCUGCUGCACGGGCCCCCGGGCACCGGCAAGUCCACCAUGAUCGCCGCCAUGGCCAACCUGCUCGACUACGACGUCUACGACCUCGAGCUCACGGCGGUGAAGAACAACACCGAGCUGCGCAAGCUCUUCAUCGAGACCACCGGCAAGUCCAUCAUCGUCAUCGAGGACAUCGACUGCUCCGUCGACCUCACCGGCAAGCGCAGCAAGGCGGACAAGAAGAACAAGUCGUCGUCGUCCGAGGACGACGGCAAUAAUAAUCCCAAGCUGCCGGCGGACCCCGACAAGGACGACGGCACCAAGGUCACGCUCUCGGGGCUGCUCAACUUCAUCGACGGCCUCUGGUCGGCGUGCGGCGGCGAGCGCAUCAUCAUCUUCACCACCAACCACAAGGAGAAGCUGGACCCGGCGCUGGUCCGGCGAGGCAGGAUGGACAAGCACAUCGAGAUGUCCUACUGCGGCUUCGAGGCCUUCAAGGUGCUCGCCGGCAACUACCUGGACAUCACCGACCACGAGCUGUUCGGCGAGAUCCGGCAGCUGCUGGGGGAGGUGAACAUGACUCCGGCGGACGUGGCGGAGAACCUGAUGCCCAUGUCCAAGAAGAAGAAGAGGGACAACAACGCGUGCCUGGAGGGUCUAGUGGAGGCUCUGAACAAGGCCAAGCAGGAGGCAAAGGCCAAGGCGGAUGCGGAGGCCAAGGAAGCCAAGGAGAAGGCGGAGGCGGAGGCCAAGGCCAAGGAGGAGGAGGAAGCGAAGAAAGGCCAAGGAGGAGAUCAAGACCAAGGGAAGGAGGACAAAACGUCGGAGUCCACGGAAGGAAAGAUGAGCAAUGGAGAGAUCAAAGGAUCGGAGCAGGUGACAAGUGACAACUAAUAAUUAAGGCCUGCCAAUCAAAUCCAGGAGAGCCUAGCAAGUGGUGGAGGGGAUGGAUCUUUUAGUUCCCCUGUGUUCGGAUUCUGACUGACGCCGCCCCUCUCAAUCCUCAGCGUUCAAGAGAAGAGCUAGCACAUCAAUCAGCUACUAGUCUAAGGUCUGUUAUGCCGGAUGCGCUACAUCUACAGCUACAGGCCGUCAAUGCAACUUUUGCUAUGUGCUAUAUGAAAUUUCCUAUAUAUCCUUCCAGUAAUAUUUAAUCUAGUGAAAAAAAUCGCCUUUGUUUUCUGCAGUGCUGUUAUUUUCUAUUCAUCGAGGAGGUACUUUUACAUUUGUAAUGGCAAGUAGCAGUCAAGAUUGCUUC